ACGUAAUGGUCUGUUUACGUCCAAUCUGUGGAGUCUCUCUGCUGCUGUGACCUGCUGCAGUUCAGUCCACCAAAUUUUCAUAGCUCGUUAAAACUCGUGCCAGGGACGAUAUGAAAUUAUCCUUUGGGGCGUUUUGGACGUAGCUGUCUUUAAGCAGGGUCGUAUAGCGUGACCUACCAGGGGUCAUCAUGGAUUAGCUGUAGUUCAGAGGCGUUUCUCCAGCCAAGUGGGACUGACAGCAGGAACUGGGACAAGGGACUUUGGUGCUACUAACGUUAGCUAGCAACGCUACAUAGCUACACGUUUUGAGUCGGCUUCCCUGCUGCGACAGGUACUGCGCGCGUUCCUGACAAGUUGUUGUGUGUGUGUGUCGCUCGGUGUGUGUGGUCCUCCUCGGGCCGUCGGCUCACUUUGUCCGCCCGCGUGUUCCCUGUUGUUGUGUAGCGUCGGCGUUAGCCUCCGGCUGGCUGCUGCUGGCUAACGUGUAGCCCAGUCUUUUAACGAUUCCUGGAGUAGUUUGAGAUCCUUGAGAGAUUCUCCAGGCAACAUGGCGCCCAAAGACAUCAUGACCAACUCUCAUGCCAAAUCCAUCCUCAACGCCAUGAACUCCCUUCGCAAGAGCAACACACUCUGUGAUAUCACUCUGAGGGUGGAGAACGCAGAUUUUCCCGCUCACCGGAUUGUUCUGGCCGCCUGCAGCGACUACUUCUGUGCCAUGUUCACCAGCGAGCUGGCAGAGAAGGGGAAAUCUUUUGUCGACAUUCAGGGUCUCACUGCAGCGACUAUGGAGAUCUUGCUGGACUUUGUGUACACAGAGACCGUGCUGGUCACAGUGGAGAACGUACAGGAACUGCUCCCUGCAGCGUGCCUACUGCAGCUCAAAGGGGUGAAAAGAGCGUGUUGUGACUUCUUGGAGGGUCAGCUGGAUCCAUCUAACUGCCUCGGUAUCCGCGACUUUGCCGAAACUCACAACUGCCUCGACCUGAUGCAGGCGGCCGAGCUCUUCUCCCAGAAGCAUUUCUCUGAGGUGGUUCAGCAUGAGGAGUUCAUGCUGCUAAGCCAGGCAGAAGUUGAAAAGCUCAUAAAAUGUGAUGAAAUCCAGGUGGACUCGGAGGAGCCGGUGUUUGAGGCCGUGCUGAACUGGGUCAAGCACAACCGAAAAGAGCGCGAGCCGUACCUGCCGGACAUGCUGGAGUUUGUCCGGAUGCCGCUGCUGACCCCCCGCUACAUCACAGAUGUCAUUGAUGCUGAGCCCCUCAUUCGGUGUAGCCUGCCAUGUCGAGACCUCGUCGACGAAGCCAAGAAAUUCCACUUGAGACCGGAGCUGAGGAGUGAGAUGCAGGGCCCACGCACACAAACUAGAUUAGGUGCCAAAGAAGUGCUGUUGGUCAUCGGCGGGUUUGGCAGCCAGCAAUCGCCAAUCGACAUUGUUGAGAAAUAUGAUCCGAAAACACAAGAAUGGAGCUCCCUUCCCAACAUCGCACGGAAGCGGCGCUACGUCGCCACGGUGUCGCUCCACGACCGGGUGUACGUGAUCGGAGGCUACGACGGCCGGUCAAGGCUCAGCUCGGUGGAGUGCCUGGACUACACGGCGGACGAGGACGGGGUUUGGUACACCGUCGCCACCAUGAACGUGCGCCGGGGCCUCGCCGGGGCCACAACGCUCGGAGACAUGAUCUAUGUUGCCGGGGGCUUCGACGGCAGCCGGCGUCACACCAGCAUGGAACGUUACGACCCAAACAUUGACCAGUGGAGCAUGCUGGGAGAUAUGCAAACGGCUAGAGAAGGAGCGGGUCUAGUGGUGGCGAGUGGACUUAUAUACUGUCUAGGUGGAUAUGAUGGGCUGAAUAUCCUGAAUUCAGUGGAGCGGUACGACCCUCACACGGGUCACUGGACGAGUGUUACCCCUAUGGCCACCAAGCGGUCAGGCGCUGGCGUGGCUUUACUCAACGACCACAUCUACGUCGUGGGAGGCUUUGAUGGUGUUUCGCACCUGGACUCGGUCGAGGUCUACAACAUCAGAACCGACUACUGGACCACCGUCGCCAGCAUGACGACGCCUCGGUGUUACGUCGGAGCGACGGUCCUCAGGGGACGCCUCUACGCCAUCGCCGGGUACGACGGGAACUCUCUCCUCAGCAGCAUCGAAUGUUACGACCCGGUCAUCGACUCCUGGGAGGUCGUCACGUCGAUGGCGACGCAGCGGUGCGACGCCGGCGUCUGCGUCCUGCGAGAAAAGUGAGCUUUGCCGACGGGAGCACGGCCAGCUGGACUUUGCUGAAAUGCCACUUUAGACGGAGCCAAACAAGGGGAGACGUUUGUUGGCCAGUAUGCAAAUAGGGACUCUGUUUGGGCCUCGCCUGCCGGGAGGAGAGGGGGGGGCUGUGCAGUGCAGCUCGGCGGUAGAGUUCACCUCUGACGAGCCCACCGCCGCAUGCAUGCAUGGCUCUCCGCUGGAACUUGUCGCUGUCGCAAACCUGUGAGAUUAUUUUUUCAGUUUGUCUUCAAAGUGCAAUAUAUUUCUACUCAUCACAACAACAACAAAAAAGAAGAAAAACAAAAAAGAUGGAGUUGAUUUGGACUCCGGUUGCUGCUAUAUGCCUUAUGACUUUGGCCUACAUCAAACAAUGAACAUCCGUGUUGCCUCCCAUUUGACUGUGACGAGUUACAGUACGUCGGCUCAUUAUCGAGUGCACUCAUUUGGCCACGACGAGGUCGUCAGUAAUUUCAACCAUUUUUGUAAUUUCUUCCGUAAACAGUGCUUUUAGAUUCAUAUCGCUUUCAUACAGAAGGUUUAAUACUUAUCGUUGCUCUCAAAAUAUAUAUUUAGAGAUCAAUAUUGUUUUAGAAAAUGACUGAAUUGUACCAGUUGAUUAUUUUGUCCCUAAAGAAUCACUUUUAAGUUUGAGGUGCAUGUGAUUGUUCCUUUUCUUUUCUUCCUCCACUUUUAAACCUGGAAAUGUACAUGUAGGACAAACAAAGUCCACAGAACAUUGUCGCCUGGGAAGUGAAUAAACACUGAUAACUGAG